GGCUGUAUCGUGUCUUGAUAUUCAUGUAACGUGACUGUGUUAUUGUGCUGGAUGUCGCUCUUACAAACCUGUUGCAUGUACAAUGUCAUAUACACUAUCGAAAUUGGCAAAGAGAAAUCAUGAGACAAGUGUACAUGUGACAUUUUUAGGUUGCUACAUAUGGUUGCAAGAAGUACGUUAAAACGUAUAAAGAAGAAUAAUAAUGGCUUUGGUAUGGUCCGACAAAUACAGACUCAUUACCAGAAAUCUGGCGGAAUGGUUGGGAGAUGACAAACUUAAAAGUAUCUUGAAGGAACGUGAUCUGAAGCUCUAUUGGGGUACAGCUACAACAGGAAAACCUCAUAUCGGCUACUUUGCUCCUAUGUCUAAAAUAGCUGAUUUUUUACGGGCCAGAACCGAGGUGACAAUUCUCUUCGCAGAUCUUCAUGCGUACUUGGAUAAUAUGAAAGCUCCCUGGGAACUUCUGGAGCUUCGUACUGAAUAUUAUGAGGCUGCGAUCAAAGCAAUGUUGAAGUCCAUCGAUGUACCAGUGGAUAAAUUAAAAUUUGUCAAGGGCACAGACUACCAGUUGUCUAAGGAAUACACAUUAGAUGUAUAUCGUCUGACUUCGUUGGUGACAGAGCAUGAUGCAAAGAAAGCAGGUGCUGAAGUUGUUAAACAAGUCUCUAAUCCGCUGCUGUCGGGUCUUCUCUAUCCGAGCUUACAAGCACUUGAUGAACAUCAUUUACAGGUGGAUGCACAAUUUGGCGGUGUUGAUCAAAGAAAAAUCUUUACUUUCUCAGAAAAAUAUCUCCCAAUGUUGGGUUACGAAAAACGUAUCCAUCUGAUGAAUCCGAUGAUUCCUGGCUUGACAGGUGCUAAAAUGUCUGCAUCUGAAGAGGAUUCCAAGAUUGAUCUGUUGGACAAUCCUGCGGUAGUAAAGAAAAAGCUGAAAAAAGCGUUUUGUGAACCUGGGAACAUUGCAGAUAAUGGAGUUUUAGCCUUCUCUAAACAUGUUAUAUUUCCAUUAUUCAAAGAUGGUGAAGUAUUCAACGUAUUAAGGACUGUAGAAUUUGGUGGUGAUAUAUCCUUUUCUAACUACGAGGAUUUAGAAGCCGCCUUUGCAAAUCAAGAAAUACAUCCUGGUGAUUUAAAAAAUGCUGUAGAAGUGUACAUCAACAGACUUCUCGAUCCAAUAAGGAAGGAAUUCGAAUCAAACUCAAAACUGAAAUCACUUGCGAGCAAAGCAUACCCUUCUGCACAGAAACAAAAAGUUACAGUGGUGGAAAUUACUCCUGCAAGGCUAGAUAUUCGAGUGGGUAAAAUAGUCGAAGUAAAGAGACAUCCUGAUGCAGACUCGCUAUACGUCGAGAAAAUAGAUUUAAAUGAAUCGCAUGGUCCACGUACUAUAGUCAGCGGCUUAGUUAAUUUUGUACCUUUAAACGAAAUGGAAAACAGAAUGGUAAUAGUUCUUGCCAAUUUGAAACCAGCAAAUCUCAGGGGAAUCUCAUCGCAUGGAAUGGUUCUUUGUGCCUCAGUUGAAGAACCAACUAGGCAAGUGGAGCCUUUAAGGCCUCCCGCAGACAGCAUGCCUGGUGAUAAAAUUGUUAUUGAGGGAUAUGAAGAUGGAGUUGCAGAUGAUGUGUUAAACCCAAAGAAAAAAGUAUGGGAGAAACUACAGGUGGAUCUUGUGGUAAAUGGAGAUGGCAUAGCUUCUUGGAGCGGAAAUCCACUGCUUACUUCAACGGGUGGCAAGAUAACAUGUGACACACUAAAAAAUGUUCCGAUUAAAUAAUGCAUUAAUAUCUAACGUUAUUGUUCAUUAUAUGACUAGCUUUUAUAAGGGAGGAUAUGAAAUAAUACACACUUUUAUUCAGGA